AUGAAUACAGCAGCGGACUCCCGGUCUAUGACUGGGUGUGGUACAUGCAAAACUAGGCGAAAGAAGUGUGACGAGGCUCACCCGAAGUGCCAAAGGUGUAUCAGCAUGGGUCUUGAGUGUAGCGGGUAUCAAUAUGUGGAGAGGAUGUCUGCGAUUGGCCGCAAAGCCAGAAAGCCAAGAACGAAAUCGGCACCUCUCCACGCGUUUGUUCAGCAAGAACCAACUGGCGAUGCGUCUGUACAAAGCUUCGGAGUCGUGAACCCCAACGAAAGCUUAGGCACAAUCACUGGAUCCCAGAUCCAUUUUGUACCGGAUAUAUCUCCCCAGAGCUCUACGGCAAGUACUCAAGCCCGCGACGACAGUCUGGUGAGGUCUUCUACAAGCCACGUUCCAUCAGUUUUGGGUCGCUACUCUGGACUGCCGCUGGACGUUGCUCAGAGCUUGGCGAGAAAAGAGCACAUAUAUCCGAACUCAUUAUCGACAAUAGUUGAAUCCGUCCCUAGCUCAAGCAUGACUCGGCUCUACGACCUUGGCCCGGAAAGAGCCUUGUUGGCUUAUAUGAACCAGUUCGCCGAAAGUUCGCAGACAACAACCUUCGGAACUCAUAACGAUGAACAUUUUGCUGACCAUACACAAAUGCCGCCUGGUCACUGGGAUACUCAAUUAAACAUUUCCGCAUCACAAUCCUACGAAUCUCUUACAAAAACGGAUCGGGAAGAAGAGGACGAUGAAAUCCUUGAAGAACCGAGGGAAACUUUGGGUAUAAACCUUGCGUUGGACCAAUCUGUCCCGGAUAAUCUCUUUGCUUUUGCAUUACAAAAGUCUGCUCAAUGGAGCAUGCUAGUUAUGUUUCAGCCCCUGAUGAUUCGCUCCAGCAUGAAGGAGCGAAUAGCGCAUCAGAUAAACAGCUCCGCUUCCACUCGUGGUCGAAUAACGCUCAUCAGUAGGGCGAUUGGCGCACUUCUAAAGAGCCCGGUUCCCGACCAGAGCUGCGAACUGACCAUUUCGAUACUGCAUACCGACAUGUAUCAGAAGGCCGCCCGUUAUGCCUUAGAAAGAGCCACCCUCGAGCCCAACCUGGUCAGGCAAAAAGCACUGGCUAUACUGACCGAUUAUCUUGAUAUAAUCGCUAUACAAGGAUCCAGCUAUCCAUUUUGCUCUUGGUACCAACUGUUGUGUGGCGCUGCAUUGCCAUUUCGUGACGCCUGUCCAGAGCCCUUGGGUCAGCCGGUCUAUUUACCUGGUAUCUUAAAUGAGCCACCGUUUUGUCUGUCAUUCUUUGUCGGGUGGGAUGUCUGCGUCAGUAUCACAUUUGGUCGACCUAUGCUAUGCCAGUAUGAUGCUGGGUUCUCAUUGGAGCUUUGCGACGAGAUUUACGAUCAACAGCGAAAUUAUGGAUUCCAAUGGAUACUAGGAGUUCCCGACCAGCUUGUACUACUAUUUGCAUGGAUCAAUACGCUCUACGAGUAUCAUGGGGCAAAUUUGGACCCCGGCUUACUUCGUAAAAUCGAGGAUGAUUUGUCCAAGAUCAAAAUGUCGCUUGUAGAGUCGAGUGACCCGGUACUACGGCUUGGGAGAACGGCAGUGCAGGAAGCCUGGCGCCAAGCUGCAUACAUCUACCUCUACAUGACGCUCUAUGGUGCAAGCGCUCAGGACUCGCGCGUCGUCCAGGCGAGGAGAACAUUUAUGCGGCUCGUAGACGGUACCAAGCAGGGACAUAGUCCUGAUGGAUUCAUGAUUGUUCCCAUGAUUAUAGCCGGAGUCGUGUGUAUCAAACGGCGGGACAGAGAUACGGUCCGUAAGUGUAUCGGGGGCCUUCGAAGCUCUCGCUAUCCUGUAUCGAUUUGGAACGACAUUCUUCGAAUGCUAGAAGACGUCUGGGUAGGACCACUGCAGAAAAUCGGGCUGCAAUAUGGUCAGACUUGA